UCCAGAUGCUGAUUUGGGGUAUGGCAGUGACCAGGAUAUUGGUAUGAGGUAUGGCGGUGAUCAGAGCAUUGUUAUGAGGUAUGGCAGCGAUCAGGACAUUGGUAUGAGGUAUGGCGGUGAUCAAGAUGCUGGUAUGUCGGUGAUCAGAAUGCUGGUAUGGGGUAUGGUGGUGAUCAGAACACUCAUAUUGGGUAUGGUGGGGAUCAGGACACUGAUAUGGUGUAUGGCCGGUGAUCAGGACGCUCAUAUGGCAUAUGGGUUGAUCAGAACACUGGUAUGGGGUAUGGCAGUGAUCAGGAAGCCAGUAUGGGGUAUGGCGGUGAUCAGGAUGCUGGUAUGGCAAAUGGGGUGAUCAGAACGCUGGUAUGGGUAUACUGGUAUGGUAUAUGGGGCAAUCAGAAUGCUGGUAUGGGGUAUAGCGUUGAUCAGGAUGCUGGUAUAGGGUAUGGUGGUGAU